AUUGUACUUUACGAAACCCAAUGAGGAUUUUAUUUUGCUUUUUUCAACUUUCUAAGAAGCACUUCCACUUUAAUUUGCUAGCUAGAUUUUCCCUGCUAUCAAUUAUUACUUCACUUUCAUUUCUCCUUCUUAUAUCAUCAUAUCCUCUCCUCUCAUUCUCUCAUAUUCAUUCAUAACUCUUUCUCUUCUCUUCUUCUUCUUAGUUGUGAGUUUUGAUAUUCAAACCAAAGAAUAAGAUGGGUGAAAUAGCUUACACAAAUGGUAUUACCAAUGGAGUAGGAAGUGACAAAAGCCAUUCACCACCUAAUGGUUAUAGGAAGAGUUGUUGGUAUGAAGAAGAGAUUGAAGAGAAUCUUAGAUGGUGUUUUGCUCUCAAUAGCAUCUUGCAUACAGGAGCUAGUCAGUAUCAAGACAUUGCAUUGUUGGACACAAAGCCCUUUGGCAAGGCAUUAGUACUUGAUGGGAAGCUUCAAAGUGCAGAGACAGAUGAAUUUAUCUACCAUGAAUGUCUUGUUCAUCCAGCUCUUCUUCAUCAUCCUCUGCCAAAAAAUGUUUUUAUUAUGGGAGGAGGAGAAGGGUCUACUGCAAGGGAACUUCUCAGGCACAAGACCAUAGACAAAGUUGUAAUGUGUGACAUUGAUGAGGAGGUAGUAGAAUUUUGCAAAUCAUACCUAGUUGUAAACAAGGAAGCAUUCCAUGAUUCGAGACUUGAAGUCGUCAUCAAUGAUGCGAGGGCUGAAUUAGAAGGCAAAGAAGAAAAGUAUGAUGUAAUAAUUGGUGAUUUGGCUGAUCCAAUAGAAGGAGGUCCUUGCUAUAAACUUUACACCAAAGACUUCUAUGAACUCAGUCUCAAGCCAAAACUUAAGAAAGGUGGAAUAUUUGUGACACAGGCAGGACCUGCUGGAAUAUUCAGCCACACAGAAGUUUUCUCAUGUAUUUACAACACCUUGAGACAAGUUUUCAAGUAUGUUGUGCCUUAUUCAGCUCAUAUUCCAUCUUAUGCUGAUAUUUGGGGAUGGGUCAUGGCUUCAGAUUCUCCAUUGGACCUUAGUGCUGAAGAACUAGACAUGAGAAUGAAACUGAGGAUUAAUGAAGAGAAUAGAUAUCUUGAUGGUAAAACAUUUUUAUCAUCCUCAACUUUGAGCAAAGCUGUUCGUAAUUCGCUAAACAAUGAAACUCAUGUAUACACUGAGGGAGCAGCUAGGUUCAUAUAUGGUCAUGGCAAGAAUGCAUAAUUCUAAGCUUCAAAUCAAAACUUAAAGUAAAGCAAAAAGACACACAAUGCAAGUUAAAAAAAUGGCUUUCAACUUUCAAGAUUUAUUUCAUUAUAUGUAUUUUUCCUUUCUGCUCUUCACUUUUUCUCUUCCUUUUUUUUAUCAUCCCUUGGCUUGUAAGUGUUGUAUCAAUGAACAACUAACUGUUCCUAUCUUGUGCUUCUAUUUGGAUAUGCUUAUACCACUAGUCUAAUAUAUUAAAAUUUCAGCA